AUGAAGCCGCUCCCGACCUCUCCCCCUCCGUUCUCGCCUGGCGUCCGCUAUACCGAGGAACGCAUGCGCGCCCAGAAGAUUGACCCAGGCGGCUUCCUCCUCCCGAGCGAGGUCGACCUUGCGCACUGGAUUCUCCGCGAGAACGAAGGCGCGCUUGCCUGGGACGAACUCGAAAAGGGCUCGUUUUCGGACAGGUGGUUCGACCCCGUCAAGAUCCCGACCGUCAAGCACCUUCCCUGGGUGCUCAAGAACAUCCCGCUCCCGCCGGGGAUCCGUGAUCGCGUCAUCGAGAUCAUCAAGUCGAAGAUCGCUUCCGGGACCUACGAACCCUCC